ACCUAAAAGCUUUUGAGCGUCGGCUGACUGAAGUAAUAAGCGGCCAUCAGCCAGCUGCAAGAUUCUGGAGGAUUAUUUUCAUAUUUGUGUCCAUGUGUUUAAUGGUUGGUGCUUGGACUUGGCUUUGGGACCCUGAAACCUCUAAAGUGAGUUUCUCCCAGUCUCUAUGGAACCACCCAUUCUUCACCAUUAGCUGCAUCAUUCUUCUGCUUCUCUUCUUAUUCGGAAUUCACAAGAGAGUUAUUGCUGCUUCCAUUAUUGCCUCCAGAUGUCGCACUUUUCUGGCCGAAUACAACAUGUCCUGUGAUGACAACGGUAAACUGAUACUGAAGCCUAGGCCUGCCCCCUGACAGGAAGACAUCUUUAACUUGCCUCAGAGAAAAUCAUUUUCGUCUGUCAUCAGCUGGGUUAGAAGACGAUUUAAGCGACGACCAAGAAGUUAAUCAUUGGUGCUUGAGAUUAAGGAAUUUUAAAACUUAGACAGUCUUUAUCAACAGUUGGAGACUUUUCUUUUUGACCUCAUGCACGUUGAUUUAAAAUAAGAUUAGAGAAAAUUCCAUGUUGCCUGGUCAUGAAAUCUUGAAAUGAAAGAAUUAUAAUUUUUUAAUCUUUCAAAACCCCAACAAUGGAUAGUUUUUAAAUGUUUGUCACUUUUCAUCUAUGCAACUUUAUUUAGCAUCAUGAGGUUUGACCCCGAAGAUAGUUUUAAAUAGGUAUGAUGAUAGGUCGGUCUGUUCCAGUAUUUAGUGAAACACAGAGGCAGUUAAAGAUGAGAGACAGGGAGAAGGUACAAACCUGAAUUGUGCUGUACACAGGAAGUAUGAUUGAUGCGUGUUUGUUUUUUCAGA